AUGACCAACCCUUAUAAUGACGACCUACUUGAGCAUGCUAUCUAUGUGGUGAAGCUUGUUCACGCGUACGACCAAGAGAAUCCGGAUCAAUUCAGUACAGAACGGCUGAGGUUGCAGAGCACACUACACAAGUGGUUUGACCAGUACCGUUUUGCGGUGAACCCAUAUAAUGGAUACAAGGUCCACACCUUCUCACGGACACUCAUUUAUACGGAAAUGUACUUGACCCAGUGUGCCGCCAACCCACCGAUCCCCAUCGAGUUUCAAACAGACUAUUGUGGUGGCACUUCCAGCAAGCAGUGCUUGCUAACAUGA